AUUAAGGUGGGUUAAGGAUAAAAGUAAGCCAGUAGAUUGAUUAUUAAGCGCGAGGCUUCGAGGCGUGGGUUAGAGUUUCAACGUCGCCGUCUUCUUCGUUUUCCUUCUCCUCCCUCGCUUUUACUUUGCUUUGGGAGAGGAGAGGACUGGCCGCGAGGCAGAGCGCGGUGGUGGGGAUAUCGAUGGAGUUCCGUAACCACCUCUCGCACGAGCUGGCGGUGCCGCCGUACGCGGAGCAGCAGAUAGCGGCGGCGGCGGCGGCGGCAGAUAACCGGGCGGCGCUCCGGAAAGCCAUGGAUCAGCUGUCGGCCACUCGGGCUUCCGGGGCCGGCGAGGAGGCGGACGCCGUCUCCGACGACGGUAAGGAUCUCCACCGCCUCAUGGCGAAGCCGGCCAUGGCGGGCGGGAGCGGACCCACCUGGCUUAACGGCGCGAUUCUCCAGCAACACGGGCUGGGGCAGUAUGGGGAUGGAAGAUUUUCGCACCUUCAGGCCUCGUCAGCGUCGCCGGGAGGAGGAAGAGGAGGCGGCGGAGGGCACUGGUUCCCCCGGCCUCCGCCGGUCCUUCAGAGGAGCGUGAGCGAGGAGGAGGUCCCGAUGUCGACCGAGUCGGCAGUAGCGGCGGCCAUCUCGUCGGAGGUCGGUGCCGGGGGAGGAGGCAGCAGGGUCCGCGCGGAGCGAGGCGAGGCGGAAGGGGGAAGCGGCGGGGAGGCGGCCGAGGGAGCGUGGCAAAACGCGAGGUACAAGGCGGAGAUAUUGGCGCACCCCUUGUACGAGCAGCUGCUGUCGGCGCACGUGGCUUGCCUGAGGAUCGCCACGCCGGUGGACCAGCUUCCGAGGAUCGACGCACAGCUCUCGCAGUCGCAGCAGGUCGUCUCCAAGUACUCCGCCCUCGGCGGCGGCGGCCAGAUGAUGAGCGUUGACGACAGAGAGCUCGAUCAAUUUAUGACACACUAUGUAUUUCUUCUUAGCUCCUUCAAAGAACAGCUGCAGCAGCAUGUCCGUGUUCACGCCAUGGAGGCAGUGAUGGCCUGCUGGGAGCUUGAGCAAUCACUUCAGACCCUAACAGGUGUUUCUCCUGGUGAAGGCACAGGAGCUACCAUGUCUGAUGAUGAGGAUGACCAAGAUCAGGACAGCGACACCAACUUGUUCGAUGGAAGUUUGGAUGGACCAGACAGCAUGGGCUUUGGCCCUCUUGUUCCGACCGAGACCGAACGAUCCUUGAUGGAACGUGUUAGGCAAGAGCUGAAGCAUGAGCUAAAACAAGGAUACAAAGACAAAAUCGUAGACAUUAGAGAUGAGAUUCUUCGAAAGAGAAGGGCCGGAAAACUCCCCGGCGAUAGCACUUCCACUCUGAAAGCUUGGUGGCAGUCACACUCCAAGUGGCCUUAUCCAACGGAGGACGACAAGGCGCGAUUGGUGCAAGAAACAGGGUUACAGCUAAAGCAGAUCAAUAACUGGUUCAUCAACCAAAGGAAAAGGAAUUGGCACAGCAACUCCUCCUCCUCCUCGUCUACUCUGAAAAGCAAGCGUAAAAGGUUGGGAACAAGUAUAACUAAUCACUAGCUACCAUGUCUCGUUCUUCCUCUUCUACUGAAAAUUAAUUUUAAAAAAACUUGAAGGAAAAAAAAAAAAAAAAACAAUGUAGGUGAUAACUUUGCUGAUUCGUGUAGGCAGUGAGGCAGUGAAUGAAGGUUAGGACCAUGAAAAUUUUGUCGAAUGUUGCUGUCGAAGAGCACUUAGUCGAGAGAAGCAAACUCGAUUGUCGAUCGCAAGGGCUUUGUAUCAUAGACAUAGGGAAAGAUUCAGUCUUGUGUUAGAUAACAACAUCCUCUUGGCUUGGACCAUUCAAGAAGUUUAUAUAUUUAGUGGGGGUGGGAUUAUUGUCGAUAGCUCUGAGGAUCCUAAAGUGACUUAUUUCGAUUCUUAUCUCAUGUAUAUUUUGAUUGGUAAAUGGUAGAUUUACCUUUUGCUUUCUAAA